AUGCAAGCACUCUGGCCCGUGGGAGCCGUCGCGGGGCUUGGUGCCGUGGACUGCGCGUACUUGACCUACUCGAAGGUGACACAGGUGCCCUUGGCCUGCCCGGUGGAAGGAGGCUGCACCGAGGUGCUGAAUUCCAGCUAUGCCUCUAUCGGCCCUCUGCCGUUGUCAGCCUUGGGUUUGGUGGCAUACCUAACUGUUGCAGCUUUGAGUGUCUCGCGCCAGAACAAGGAACUCGUGUUUUGGCUCUGCCUGACGAUGGCAUUGUCUUCCCUGGGCCUAACCGGUAUUCUUAUCUUCGUCCUACAGGCACCUUGCCCAUACUGCGCAGCCUCGGCUUUCAUUUCGGCCAUGCUCCUCACUCUGGUGGAGACACGGCGGGCCCGCGAUGCUGCGCGGCUGCUCGAGGCGCGGAAGGCCACGAUCGUCCCAACCAACGAGGGCCCGGCGGAGGGUCUGGCGGAGGGUCUGGCCGUGGCCGGCGGCGUCGCAGUGGAGAACCUGUCACCCAGCGCCGCUGCGACGGCCGUGGCACCCGCAGCGCCCGCGGCCACCGCCGUGGUAACGGCAGCCGAGGAGGAAGAGGCGGAGCCCCGGCGCGCGGUGCUCGGCCUCGCAGGCGUGCUGGCGCUGGGCGCUCUGCGCGGGGGCACCAUGCCCUCCCGACGGCUACAGAACGCUUGGGCAUACUUCACGCUCGUGGAGAAGUACAAGCCGAACCACCCGCCGGUCCUUAGCAAUUCCUCCAAGGCCGAGAUGGCCUUGGCGAGACAUCUGCAGAAGAUCGGGGCCGCCUGCUACUCGACCUGGUGGUGUCCCCAUUGCCAAGAGCAGCGGGAGAGCUUCGGGAAGCAGGCCGUGGAGGUCGCACCCUUCGUGGAGUGCUCCUCCAGGAAAAGAGAACAGCUCCCUGUCUGUCGUGAUGCAGACAUCGAGAGCUAUCCCACCUGGAUCAUCAACGGCAAGAAGUAUCUCGGAGGCCGAGACCUGUCCGACCUGGCCGAGAAGAGCGGAUUCACGGAGUACCCGGCCGAGGCCUUCAAGCCGCGGGACGACAAGCUCCUGGAGUACAUCUGGGGCCCUCCCGAACCGGAGCCGGAGUUCCCGGAGGGGAGCAUGGCGAUGACGCAGCAACCAAAUCUGGCGAGAUCGCGGUACAACGCCGCCUUCACCUCGUCGAUCUUCGAGCCGCCUCCAGCACCGGAUGCGGCCUCUUUCGUGCCAGCAGGAAAACGUCGUGACCAGACGACGGGAGAGCUGUUUGGCAACUACGACGAGAAGGACCUGCGUGCCAUGCCGAAGACUUUUGUUCCCAAGGAGGACAACAGGUCGGCCCGAGCUCGGAAGCAACAGUUCCUUUGUUCCCAGGUGCUGCCUGCGAGCAACUACCCGGCUCCCGCACCACAGGCAAGGGAGCGGAAGCCCAAUGCAGGCUACGUCGAGGACGAAGACGAUGAGUCUCGAGUCGACACAGCGAUGGUGCGGCAGAUGCAGUUGUCGUCGAACAUGUUCGGCCGGUCUGCUCCGGAGGUGAGCGCAGAGACCGUCCACGACCGCGGGAACCGGCUGAUGCCCAACGACUUCGUGUGGCACAGUCACCCGGAGAAGCCCCUGUCACCAACGUACAAAGAUGGGAAGACGCACGCCGACCGCGCCUACGAGCAGAAGUGCUCCCAGGUCUUCGAGUACCAAUCCCCUGAGGUGCGGAAGAUGCAUGCGGACCAAAAGCGCCAGGAGCGCCGGGAGGCACCGACAAGAGAGAUAGGAGAUCCAGGCAGCCGCCAUGAGUAG